CUCUGCGCCUCGUUUUUCACUUUCUCAACCACUCUUUCUCUGCGCCCCGUUCUUCUAAUCCUUCAACAACCCACCAAAUACACAAAUCCAACCAUGCCCGUCCUAAACGCAUGGCGCAUCUUCUCGCUCGCGACCCUCAGCAUCGUGCUGUACUUUGCCUUCUUCAAAACCGACGAUGAGAAGAGCGCUGUCUCCCGCAAGAAGAGGGCUCCGACCAUGUCGGCUUGGAACAAUCUCCCUUCCACCUGCAACGCCGCAAACCAAAUGGCCCUAACCUUCGACGAGGGCGCCACGACCCCGCAGACCCUCGGGCUCCUCGACGGGCUGGUCACGGCUAAUCUGAAGGCGACCUUCCAUGUCAUUAGCGCGUACCUGACCACGUCGACUUUUAAUGCGACGCUGAAGAGGGUUUAUACUGAUGGGCAUGUUGUUGGGAUUCGCCUGAGGCCCGCGUUGACGGCCAACACGAUGACCAUCGCAGCGUUGCAGGCCGAGCUUCUUAGCGAAGCUCAGGCCGUCCGCGAUGUGAUUGGCGUGUACCCGAAAUUCGUCCGUUUCGCGUACGGAGAUAUGACCCCUGAGAUCCUGGCCAUGUUGGAUGCCAACGGGUUUGUUGCUACUGGGUUCUCGGUCGACAGUCAGGAUUACGCCCCCUCCCACUCUGUAAACGAAGCCGACAAAGCCUCCAUCGGCACCUACAUCAACGCCCAAGCCACCGCCAACGGCUACCCCAGCAUCUCCCCCAUCGUCAUCCUCCGCGCAAACCUCGACGUCACAGCCAACAACAUCGUCCCCAUCGUCGCGGCCCUGCGCAACGCUAGCGCCUCCCGCGUGUUUGUCACCCUCGAUAAAUGUCGUGGGAUUGCCAGCCCGUACAGGACCAGUAACGACCCGCCCGGUGGUGCUGCUGCGGCACCCACCACCCCGGCUGCUGCGGCUUCCCCGACUACGACCGCGGCUGUGGCCAAUCAGCCUGCCCCGCCUGCGGACCCGGCCCCGGCUGCCACCUCGACUGGUACCGGUGCGGGCCCGACUUCCGGAGCCGUAAAGAACGCGUUGACUUUGGCGUUCGCUGGCCUGUUGGCCGUUUUUGCGGUCGCUUGUCUUCUCUAAGCUUUUCGUAAAACUUUGUUUUUACGCUACAUUCCCCUUGAAGACCUUCAUCAGCCACGGCCGCUCAUACUUCCUCGCCGGCAAGGUGGGAUACUAGCAGAUAGACAAACGCGCCGUGAGAAACAGAAAAAGAACAGGAGUUAACCAGAUACAUGAAGAGACUUUUUGGAAAACAAUCACAAAAAAAUGACAUUUCUUUUUCUGCCAAUCUUACCUGGAGUUUAGGGAUGACUUGGA